AUGAGUGAGAAUAUGCCAUUAACGAGCACGCCUUCCCUGAAGGAAGGAUCGUACUCCCCUCCAAGUUGUACCCAUCUCUUCGAGCACGCGCAGGCAGCUGAACGCGCGGGGAACCUUUCCGAGCACGCGGAGCACUGGCCGCACGACGGCGACGUCAAGGUGACCGUUUCCGAGCACCUCGGGUCGCACACCGCAUCCGAUGAUGAUUUCCCUCGCAAUUCGUCAAACUUGAAGCCCGAACCGCAGGAGGAGCGCGCUGAGGCUCGUAAAUCCGCGGCGCACGUCGUCUCUCAGCAAAGCGUCGACUAUCCAGCAGCUGGCGGCGACUGGAACGAGUUCGACACAUCGCCCGCCAUUUUCAAUUUCCAAGAGCGCCCCGUGCGCGACGCGGGAUGGCUGUUGGUGGUGGCUGUGGCACUGGUCGUUCUCGUGGGCGCAGCCGCCUUCGCCUUCGACCCCUCCAUCCGCCUCGGAGAUGCCCUCGCUUUCCUCCUCGUCUAUUCGUUCGCUUUUAUCCUUCUCUUCGCCUUGAGCCUCCCCCUCACCCUGUUUCUCGUCUCGUAUCUUUGCAAAAUCUCCGCGCACACCUUGAAGACUCUCAUGACACUCGCUGCCGUGAUCUUCGUUCUGCAAAGCGUCAACUCUGCCGUGAACCUCCUCGCAUCGCAACAUGCGGACGAAGGAGGCCCGUCGCUGCAGGCGUAUGCGUCUUCCAACCGCGUCCUCCCGGCCCUGCUGCUACUCUCCUGCCUCUUCCUCGGCCAAGUGCUCUCAGCUAUCCUCACAUACUCCACAGCCGCUGUCUAUGCACGCCUGUACAUCACGAGCAGCACCAACAGCGGCAGCAGCAGCAGCGAGGUCGGGCAGGCGGGUGGAGGGGAAGAGCGCAUGACAGCGAGGGGCCAGCUGCAGCUGUUCUGCUCGGCACUCAGCCUCGCGUGCACCUCAUCCCUUGGCACCUGCUGUGCCGUUGCUUUCACUGCAAGCGCUCUCGGCAUUGCGGAGAUGUGCCUGUCCGCCCUCGUCCUGGCGCUCUUUGGCCAAGGCAUCAUAGGCAGCUUGCCUGUGGCGCUGCUUCACUGCACAAAUCUCGCCAUCCUCUUCUUCCUCCACUGCCUUGUGCUCCCCACCAGUGCAAUGAGCGGCCAUGGCUUCACCCGCUCACUGCGCCUCUCUCUCGACAUCCUACAGCGCUAUGCAUUGCCCAUUGUGGCAUCCAAUGCUGCUGGCUUCGCCCUCCCUCCCAUCCUCAUAGGCGGGCUGGGCAUGAUAGCUCUAAUCGUCGCGUUUUUUGUGGGACCUGGCCUAGUGACUCCAUUGGUUAUCGGUUUCUUCUUCUUGAUCCUCGCAGCACCUGCUCUUCUCGCCGCUGUAGGAAUCUCCUCCGUCCUGGUUACAGGGGUGGCUACCACAGUGCUGUGUUUUGCAUGGGACAAGAGGCUCGAGUCAGAAGAGGGCUCUGAUGCUGCGGGCCUGGUGGGUGCCGGUUCUCCUCCCUCUGCUCAUGUGAAGGAUGUUACUGCGGUGUAG